UCAAGUUAAACAGAUUAGUGCGAUGCCUUGAGCCGUACUGCAGAAUGCAUUAAAUCAACUUGUCAACAAAACAACAUGCGUUAAUGUUGCAUUCGGUUUUUAUUGAUUUAAAAUUAAUUGAUUUUAUUUUAUUUUAGUUUUUACAGAUUAAUAUUUUUGAGUUAUUUUCUUGAAUAGCUCCCUUUAUCAUUUUUCUUAUAAACAGGGGGGAACGACGAGAUGUGAUUCGUUUACUUUUGAUAAGACACAAUCAUCUAAUUGUUAUUUGAAAAAUUUAUCUCUUAGAGUCAAAAUUGUCCAAAAGAAAUCAGUAAGCUAUUGAAACCAUUUCCAAUUAUUAACCAUGGCAUCUAAAGGAAAAAUAGCGGUAGUAGGAAGCGGACUUAUUGGACAUAGCUGGGCUAUGUUAUUUGCCAGUGCUGGAUACAAUGUUACUAUUUAUGAUAGAGAUAGCAAUGUUUCGUUGGCAGCCUUAAAGACUAUUGAAAAGGAGUUGAGAGAGCUAGAAGCCAACCAGCUUCUUCGGGGAAAUCUGUCUGCAGAAGAACAACUGAAAUGUAUCACUAGGACAGAAAGUUUAGAAGAUUGUGUUAAAAACUCCUUUUUUGUACAAGAGUCUGUUCCUGAAAAUGAAGAAUUGAAAAAGAUUGUUUUUCAAAAAUUGGAUCAAUUAGCAACUGAUGAUGUUAUAUUGUGUAGCUCUACAAGUUGUAUAACUCCGUCUAAAUUGUCUGAAAACAUGAAACACAAAACCCAAGUGAUCGUUGCCCACCCUUGUAAUCCACCUUAUUAUGUCCCAGUCGUUGAAAUCAUACCUACUUCUGUAACGAAGCCUGAGGUAUUGUCCAAAACUGUGGAUUUGAUGAAAGAGAUUGGCCAGAAACCAGUUGUUUGCAAGAAAGAAAUUUAUGGUGCAGCUAUUAAUCGCAUGCAAUAUGCUAUUAUCAAUGAGUGCUGGCGACUUGUGCAAGAUGGUGUUAUGUCAGUUGAGGAUGUAGAUGCUGUGAUGUCAGAAGGGCUAGGAAUGAGAUAUGCUUUCCUUGGGACAUUUGAAACAUGCCAUUUAAAUGCCAAUGGUAUGAUAGAUUAUUGCGAAAGAUAUGCAAAAGGCAUCCACAAUGUGUCUGAAACAUUUGGUCCUGUUCCAAAAAUGGAAGGAAAUGUAGCCGAAGAAAUACAUCGACAGAUGUGCGAAAAAGUUCCUCUUCAUAGUUUGGAUGUUCGCAGGAAAUGGCGAGAUGACAGAUUGGCAUGCUUAGCUAAAUUGAAGAAAACUUUAAACCAAUGAAAACCUAUAUUUUACUGUUAUGAAAUGUUUCAGUAUUACAAAUUUUAUUUUUUUAGUAUAAUAAAAUUUAUAGUGCCGUAUUAAUUUUUUUUGUUUAAAGUUUAAUAUCAUUGUUAAUAUUGCCUGAAUUUUGAUUGAAUAUGUUUAAAGUACUUUUAUAUAUUUCGAUACAUUAUUUAAUUUCGAAAUAAAAAUGAUUUUUCAAAUACA